AUGUUUGUAGAAAGUGAAGUUUUUACUGAAAAUACUUAAUCAAACUCACAAUUUAUAGCAAAUAAUUUCUAGUAAAUGGUGAAAGAUGAAUCUAAAAUUAGCAAUAUAAAAGAUACUUAUGUAAAAGAAAAUGAUAUAAACUCAUCAAGAAUUAACGCUGAUGAAGAUAAUAGAUAAUAGUCUAUGUCUUCUAAAUUCUCCAAUCGCAAUACAUCUGCUUCUUCAAGAAGAUAAUCUUCUUAAGUAAGCGCUCCUAGGUCUUCUAGAUCUUCUUCUUCUGGAUCUUCCUGCUCUUCCUCAUCAUCAUAAUCUUCUUCAUCAUCAUAAAGGUCUCGAUCAUCUUCUUCAUCUUCCUCCUAAACAUAUCGCACAUCAAAAAUGAGUAAAAGCUCAAAGAUUUAGGAUAAAAGAGCAACUAGAAAUGAAAAUGAGUCUUAAAAUAGCAAAUGCUUGUACAUAGCGAAUUUAAGUGAGAAAGUGACUGAAUCAAAUUUAAAGAAACUUUUUGAAGAGUAUGGAGAAAUAGAUUAUGUAAAUAUAUGCUAUAAACCUUACAGUUAGUAAUAACAGGGUAUUAAAAUACCUGCUGGAUAUGCCUUUAUAAAAUAUUACAAGGAGAAAGAUGCUUAAAGAGCAUUAAAUCACCUCGAUGAAACAAAUUUAAAAGGAAAAAAAAUAAAAAUUGAAUAUGCAAAAAGAGAGAAGCCCAGAUAGUCAAAGGAUGGACCAUACCAUAAAAUUGGAAAUGUUUAUAAUAAAAAAUAAUCAGAUAAUUAAACAGAGUUAAAUAAAUGUGAUAAGAUGAGUAAAAAGGAUGUUCAAUAUUUUUCGAAUUAUAACCCUUCUGAAUAAAAUAAGUAUAAAAGUCAAAGGCACUACAUAAAGGAUAAAUAAUCAUCCCAAAAUUUAUUAAAGAAAACUAAUUCUGAAUUUGUUGAUAAUAGAUAGAACCUGACGAUGGAUUAAUAAGAUUGCUUUGCAAAUUAAGAUUCCUACAGAAAUAACUAAAAAGCAAACACAUAAGUUAAAUCUAGAAGCCGCAGCAGAAGCAGAACUUUAAGUGAUAAAGUUAUUUUGAUUAUGGACUUCAUGAUAUCUAAAAGCGAUAAUAAGAACUAACAUUAAACAAUCGAUUAGCAUACUGCUACUGUUAAAGAAGAAGAUCAAAAAGUGCUUGAUGAAGCCACUCUCUAGCAUAUUAUGAAUAAAAAUGCAAAUUAAUAAUAAAUAAGCUCAAUUUAUGAAAAUCAAUCUAAAAAUAUACGCCAAAAAACUGUUUAUUCUGAAAAAAGGUAGAUGGAUUAGGUUAACAAAGGAAGCUGUCUCUAUAUUUCGAAUUUAAGCCAUAAAGUGACUGAUUAGCAGCUAAAGAAGAUCUUUAGCACAUAUGGAAGAGUUGAAUAUGCAAAUAUUUGUUACGAGCCAUAUAGUUAGCAGUAAAGAGGAUAAAAAAUCCCUAGAGGAAUAGGAUUUGUCAAAUACGCUAGGAAUUCAGAUGCUUUGAAAGCGAUUGAAGAGCUUGAUGGAAAAAUGAUAAAAAAUAAAGAAAUUAAAAUAAUGCUUUCUAAAAGAGAUGAGCCAAGAGUUUCGCACAAAGGACCCUACUUUGGCAAAAGCCCUAAAAAAGAUAAAAAAGACUCAGAUAGCAAGAAAGAAUCAAAAAGGAUUUAAAAGUAAUCUUCUUAUUAAUCCCAAACUUCAGAAGAAAAUAAUUCGAUUGAAAGACAUAGAUCUAUUAGCAGGGAAUCAUCUGAGUCUAAUGGGGAUUUGACUUUCUAAUAAAAAUAAAAAAACUAAGCUAAAACACAUUAAGGAAUAAUAGAUUAAGAAUAAUUGAAUCUGAAAAAUAAACAAAAGCAUCAAAGCGAUAGUUAAAAUAUAUUAUAUAAUGGUAGAUCUACUCGCCAUUAAAAUAAUAAAUAAAAAAAUUAAAAUGAUGAAAAGGACGAUUAACGCAUCCAUGAAGAGCUAAAUAAAUAGGUUAACCACUUCCAAACUUCAAUAUAAAAUGAAAAAUAAAUGAAUGUGUAAAAUAGAUCUAGAUCAAGAUCUAAUGAAAACUACAAAGAAAAGUAGUAUAAAUCAAACCAAAAGUAAACAAGGUAUAAUCGUUUUAAAUAGCACGGAUAAAGAUCUUCAUCUACUUCUAACAACACAUCAUAAUCCUCUUCUUCUUCGCAUUCAUCGUCAUCAUCAUCUUCUUCUCCCUCAUCAUAACAAUCUAGUCCUAGUUCUUCACCUUCUUAAUUUUCUCGUAAAAAAAAAAAGUAGAGUGUAAGAAAGUAUAAAAAUGAUCAAUCUUCUUAAAACAAUAACAAAAGAUCCAAAAAAAACUCAAAACAAUAUCGAUAAAGGUCUUCAUCAUCUUCUUCAUAAUCUAACAACUCUACCUAAUAAUAAAAUAAAAAUUCAAUUAGAAUAAGAAAUUGA